AUGCCUCUGUCAACUAAUUUAUGUAGUAUUCAUGAAAAUGACAAGGAAGAGGAUAUUGAUAGUCCUGGAUCAGCAACUUCUAAAUUUGUUGAGCCUCUGCCUUUGGUAAAAGCAGUUUCUUCACGUGAUACUGGGGGAUAUGAUAACUUAUCAAGGGACAUGGAUACUGUUAAAUCUACUACGAUGAAAUGCUUAGUCCGGUGUACUGCUAGGAAAGAUCCUAGUGUUUCUGCUUGUAAUGAUGUCAAUACACCUACAGAUGUAAAGGAAACCUAUGAGGAUACUUAUAAUUCAAUUAUUGCUUCAAAUAAAGAAUCCGCCAACAGAGCGCAUGGAGUAUUUGCUAAGUUAGUGCCCAAAGACUGUAAAAAGCUUGUUAACAUGGGAGUCAGCAAUGAUUCAUCCCGUCAUGCAUUCAUCAUGGAAAAGUUUGCUGAGAAAAAGCGUCUUGAAAAAGUUAAGGAGAAAGUUACUGCACUCAAGUUCAAAGCCUUGCAUCACUUGUGGAAAGAAGAUAUGCGCUUAUUGUCUAUUAAGAAAUGCCGGCCAAAAUCUCAUAAGAAAAAUGAACCAAGUAGUAGUAAUCUGAAAAACCGAUCUUCCAUUCGUUCCCGGUUUCCUUUACCAGCUGGAAAUCAUCUAAGCUUGGUUCCAACAUCAGAGCUUAUUAAUUUCACAAGCAAACUUCUUUCGGAAACUCAAACACAGAUUCAGAGAAACACCCUGAAGAUGCCAGCAUUAAUAUUGGAUGAGAAAGAGAAGAUGGUUACACAAUUCAUAUCUAGUAAUGGGUUGAUUGAAGAUCCGCUUGCUAUUGAGAAAGAAAGAGAUAUGAUCAAUCCUUGGACAUCAGAAGAGAAAGAAAUAUUCUUAGAGAAAUUUGCCGUGUUUGGAAAAGAUUUCCGAAAAAUUGCUUCUUUCCUUGAUCACAAGACAACUGCGGACUGUGUAGAGUUCUACUACAAGAAUCACAAAUCUGAAUGUUUUCAGAAAUUGAAUAUGAAAGAUGUUGGUAAGCUAGGGAAGUCAUAUGCAGCUAGAACUAACUUAAUGGCAUCAGGUAAUAAAAGGAUGCGAGCAGGAAGAUUCCUUUUGGAAGGAUUUGGUAAUGUAAAAGCAUCGAGGGGCGGGAACAGCAUUAUAGAGAGAUCAAAUAGUCUGGACACUCUUGGGGAUGAAAGGGAGACUGCUGCUGCAGCUGAUGUAUUGGCCGGUAUAUGUGGGUCGCUUUCAUCUGAGGCUAUGAGCUCCUGCAUAACAAGUUCAAUUGAUCCUGUAGAUGACAAUAAGGAAAGAAAAUUCUUGAAAGUGAACCCUUUGCGAAAGCAAACCUUGAUGCCUGAUAUUUCUCAGAAUGCUGAUGAUGAGACAUGUUCAGAUGAGAGCUGUGGGGAAGUAGAUCUUUCUGGGUGGACAGACGAUGAGAAGGCAGCUUUUCUUCAGGCUUUAUCAUCUUUUGGAUCCCCGCCAAAUGAUGAUGCAAAUGGUGGUCAGAGUGACACAGAUGAUGCAUGUCUUGUUGAGGCAGGCUCAGUGGUUAAUGCUGAUAAGUCUGGGAAUAAAACAGAUGAGGACCUGCCUUCUGAUGCCUUGAAUACAUUCCAUGACGAAUCCAAUCCUCUGGAAGCUAGGGGCUUGUCAGCUGAAUUAAAUGAAUCAAGAGAAAUCACUGGGACGGUAGUACAUCUUGAAAAUGUAGAUAUGGUUUCUGAUGUUUGUGCAAUUAAGUUUGAAUCUAAGCCGGGUUCUGAUGAAAGCGGAGUUGGCUUGCACAAAACUGACAAGUCUUGUUCAGUCAAUGACCAUCCAGCAAAAAGUACAUCAGAUAGCAUAGAAGUCUCCAGAGGCAAAGCAAAUAAAUUGGGAGAUGCAGUUAGAGAAUCAAUUUCUACUGUAGGAAUAAUUAAACCACUGGAGUGUGGUUCUGUUGCUAUGGAUACAAUGGUUUCAGAGGGUUCUUCUGGGGAUCUCAGAAAUGAAGUGGAAAGGCAAAGAGUGGCAGCACCCCCAUGCUUUGAAGACAGAGAUGUUAAACAUGAAGCUGAUGCAGGUGUUGUAGUUGAAUCGAAAAGUUGUGCGUUAGAGUCAAGCACUACCUCAAAUCUUUCAUUCUCUCGUGUGGCCAAUUCAUGCUCAGGAUUGAGCUUUGGUUCUGAAAAUAAGCAUGUCUCCUUUGGAAAACCUCAUGCUUCGGCAUUAUCUACAGACAAUUCUCGGGCUACUACAAAUUCAUUGUUGCUGAACGCUGCUGCUGCUCCAUGUGAAAAAGCAGUUAGCCAGGAUAGAUUGUCCUCUAAUUGUGAUAUUCAAAGAGGUAGAGAUAUGCGGUGUCAUAGUUCUGGCAGUGACCAUCAGUUUCCUCUUCCAUGCAAUCAUCUUGAGACUGUUAGCAUCCUCCAGGGCUACCCCAUGCAGGUGCCCGUCAAGAAGGAAGUGGAUGGGGAUGUGAAUUGCAGCAGUUCAGUGUCUGAGUUUCCUUUUCCCCAAAAGGUCAAACAGACUGAUGAUCAUUUCAAAACAUUAUGGCAUUCUUCUGAUUCAGAAAACACAUCCAGAAAUGGUAAUGUGAAACUGUUUGGAAAGAUUCUAACCAAUUCUUCUUCCAAUUUGAUUACAAAGGGAAGUGAAGAAAAUAGUACGAAUCAUACCAAGUCAAGUAACAAGUCUUGUAAACGUAAAAUUACUAGCCAUCAGAAUUCUGAUGGAAAUUUGAAAAUUUUGAAGUUUGACCGUGCUGAUUAUCCUGGCCUUGAAAAUGUUCCAGUGAAGAGUUAUGGUUUUUGGGAAGGGACUGGAAUAAUACAGACUGGUCUCCCAUCAUUGGCUGAUUCUUCCUUGUUAGCUAAAUAUCCUGCUGCCUUCAGCAAUUAUCCUACAUCAUCUUCCAGUUUGGAGCAACAACCAUUGCAGCCGUUUGGCGCAUCCACUUUUACUGCUAGAGACAUCAAUGGAAGCAAUGCCAUGCUUGACUAUCAGAUGCUUAGAAGUAGGGAUGGUCCAAAAGUGCAGCCAUUUAUACUAGAUGCCAAGCACAGCCAAGAUGUAUUCUCUGAGAUGCAUAGAAGAAACAGUUUUGAAGCAAUAUCUAGUUUGCAGCAGCAUGGAAUAGGAGUGAUGGGAAUGAAUGGCAUUGGAAGACCCGGGAUUCUAGUGGGUGGGUCAUGCAGUGGUGUCUCGGAUCCUGUGGCAGCAAUCAAAAUGCAUUAUUCCAACUCUGAAAAAUAUGGUUGUCAGAAGGGGAGUAUCUUGGGAGAUGAUGAAUCUUGGGGAGGGAAAGGGGACAUAGGCAGGUAG